GUUCUCCUUCCCAAGGCUCAUCGUAAGAAUGGUUAGAAUCUCUUUUCUCUCACCACCCUCAUAGUCAAAAUUCCAGUGAUUUAAAAUCAUCACUUUGACAUAUAGGCCUAUGAGCUUUUCUAGGAUUGAAAAUAACAAGCUUGUAUCACGAUAACCUCAUUACUGACUGCAUGUUUGUCAUCAUUUUCAUUUCGAGCCAUGGACAAAUCGGACUGCACAGGACGAUUUCUGCACAGGAACUACUGAACUCCACAGGCCCAGAACACACCAGCCUCAAAACUCCUCACAACUCCCCAGCCUUAAUGUGUGUAGGCAGGGUAAGGAGAACACCGAUUCAACCCAGAAGAAGAGGAAAAAGAAGAGGCUAAAUGAGAAGGGAACCCAGGUUGAACUAGGCAUGCGGGAGGAUAUCCAUGACCUUGACCUCGCCCAUUGGAGAUUGGCUAGAGAGACAUGGAGAACUGAGCGAGGAAACAUGAGGGAGAUUAAGGCGCUGUAUGGAGAAAUAUUUAGGCUGCACCAACUCUUGGAGGAGAUUGGGGUGGAUAAAGGGGUGAUCAAGCAGCGCUCCACCUCCUCCAUUCUUUGUCCCGUCUCCCCGACACUGCCAGCUUUCCACAGGUACAACCUCCAUAGGUACCUCGCCAACAGCCAAUCGGAGCCUGACCAGCAUGCUGCCGGCACCCAGAAGGACCCAUCUAAGAAACACUCAAUCUUUCCCCCUCUGGACACACAGAGCUGCACCUCCCCUGAUAAAUGGCCUCCUUCUCAGUCCAAGAAGUCACAUCCACACGCUUCACACCGAUUUGCUGUCCCAUCCCACCCCCUGGCUUCCGGCCCUCCUGCCUGGAUGAGACAGACCCAUCCGCAUGUCCACCCCAGAUCCUCAUUGACUGGCCAGGCAAAGGUCAAGGAAGAGGUCUAUAGGCCAGAAAUUACAUCGUCUGAGGAAUUGUCUGAAGAAGUUCAACGGCGAGGCGCAGAAAUUGCGAAUAUGUAUAAAGCACAGCUGAAAGAGAGGAUGGCCCAAAAGAGAAAGGAAGAGAUUCUGAAGAAAAGGGUAAACAACAAUGACAAGAACGAUGACACUGAGGCCUCCUGCUCCUCUGCAGUAGAACAAUCUAAUACCCCUUCCACAGCCCCCGAGCCCCCGGCCAGCCCAGACGCCACGCCAGUGGCCGCCCGAGAGGACACUCAGGGGGAAACCCAGGAGGACCUGGCAGACGUUGUGAAUGUGCUCAAGAGGCAAUCAUCUGAUCUAUACCUGCCUGACAACGUUUGUGAGGAGUCACUCACAUGGAAGUCCAUUUACGAGGAGCUGUGCCCGCUCGCUCACAGGGUGAACACAGAAGCUGACUACAUCAAGGCGCUCCGCGUCAUCACUGAGAAGGCUGUGACUCCCUCGUGCUCGUCUGAGGAUGAUGUGUCUCAGAGUGUGAGUGAGGACACAAGUCAGGAGGGGAGUAGUGAAAGUGAGGAGAGCAUGAGUGGACAACAGCAGAGAUGUCUACACAGGGAACCUUAUGGUGAGAGGGACAGGAAGGAGAAUGAUAGUGGUAGUGGUAAAAUGGAAGGGAGAUAUGCAACCGCCAAUGCAUUGUCUAUGAUGGCAAGCCGAGGGAAAGAAGAACUUAAUGCCAUGAGCUACGCAGACAGGAUCAAAUAUUUUAAGGACGAGGCUAAGAGAAAUGAAGAGAUGAUGAAGAUUGAAAGGAGGAAGGAAAAAGCCAGGGACGAAGAGCUCAAAAAGUGGGAAAAGAGACAGAAGAAAUUGAAUGAGGAGGAAAGGAAAAGGACAGAAAAUAUGGAAAAAAACAAGUUAGAGGAGCAGAGGAAAAGGGAGAAGGCAGAGAUGAAACUAAAGAUCGAACAUGAGAAAAAGAGACAAGAGCAAGAGAAAAAAGAAAGAAAGAAAGAAAGAAGCAGGAGAUGCAACAGAAGUUCCGUGCAAAAGAAGAGAAAAAGAGGGCAGAGGAAGAGAAAAAGAUGGAGAAAAAGAGGGCAGAGAAGUUGAAAAAGAUUGAGAAACAGAGGAUGGAGGAGGAGAGGAACAGGGAAAAGGAGAGAAUGAAGGUGUUGGAGAUGCAGCAAAAGGCACGAGAGAAAGAAGAGAAGAGGAGGAAAGAGGAACAGAAAAGGAGAUUGAAGAUACAGCAGGAACAAGAGAAGGAGGAACAGAAAAGGCAGACAAUGAUACGGGACGAGGAUAAGAAGAGAGCAGAGCUUCAAAGAAUAAAAGAUCACGAGGCCAGGUUCAAGAUGGAGAUGGAGAAACUGUAUGAGAGAGAAGAGAGGAAUGCACAGAUUGAAAGAGAAAAGAGGCGUGCGCUGUGUCAGAAAAAAGGGCAGACAGAGAGCAAAACAGGUGGUGGCAUACGAGGUCACAGCGUCUACAUCUGACGCCUCUGUGCGGAGGGAAGAGAGGGAGCCGCGUCCAGAGACCGCUCACGCACAGUCUGCGAAGAAGAGAACAAGGAAGAAGCAGAAGAAAGCGGCGGACGAGGCAUUGACAACUUUUGAGUAGAUGACAAAAGAAAAAACGAACAAAAAAAUUAGAAAAUAAGCAAAAGGAGGAAAAUAUUAUAAGGAAGCCAGGCAUGAGGGUGAAGAGGAGGAAACAUGAGAGAGGAGGAAGGGAGACCAGAGUGGUUUAUCAGGAGGUCAGUAGAAGAUACAGAAUUCAAGUUCUGAUGGACAGAAUCAGGAAGGACCAUGUGAUAAAAGGUAAAUGAGAUUAGCAGUAAAGAGCUGAGUGGAUCAAAAGAAAGUAAUGGAAAACACAAGGGGGGAGGCAAGAUAAACAGAGACCCAGAGAAAAGAGGUGAAAACAUUUUAUAAGAGUAAAAGAGAGGAGAUUGAACUAGAAUUCUGAUGGACAUAUGGCCAAAAUAACUAUCUAAAUAACUAAGGAUGAGCAGAAAAGGAGAAGACCAAGAGCACAGGAAAAAAGCCAACAGACAUGUCAAAAAGAAAUGAAGUCUGCCUCUUCUACUUCUCUUUUAAAGUUGCUUUGGUUUCCUUUUGUCCUCUUUCCAAGCCUGUUCAAGUCUGAGAUAGAUGAAAAGAGCAGCCAAAGAAACAGAUCUGUUGAAGCAUCAAUAGGAAAGGAUGAAAGGGAGGGAGGCAGCAAGAGGAAAACACAGAAGAGCAGAUGAGGAGCACUCUAUGUUCUGCUUCCAUGUGGAUUGACAGCAUUGCUUUCAUGAGCUGCUGGAGGACACCAUGGAGGAAGAGGGAGAGGGUCUAUGAUAGGCAGUUUGCCAUGGCCCUAAAUGGGCUUUUGGAUGUUAAUUCUUCCUGCUUUAUAUCAUACAACUUUACAAUAAAAAUGAAUUGCAA